AGUCUUUUGACUUAUGAAUACAAAUAGACUUUCCUCUUCCUUCUAUGUCCUUCUUGAUUCUCCCUUCUAAUCUCUAUCUCCUUCUUCUUCUUGAAUCUGUUUCUCUUGAUUCUCCUUCUAAUUCUUCUUUCUAAUUUCUAGAUCUAUCAAAUUGGUAUCAGAGCUCCAAUCUUCUUGACAUGUGGUAGCUAUGGCAGAGAACACGAGGCUCCAAGAAUUGCGUCGGAACCUUUCUGAGUUCUAAAGAAAACACGAUGCGGAUGUGGCUAACUUGGACAAGAGGAUGACGACCAUGCAGAAUGUUAUGACGUCCAUGGAGAACACUCUAAGGGAAGAAAUUGCUAAAGUUUUGCAAGCCGUGUCAGCUAGAAGAGCUAGUAUGACUAAGUUUGGUAAAGUUGAUUUUCUUAGCUACAAUGGAAUAGAUAAUUGCAGGGGAUGGUUGUAUGAAUGUAAUUGGUUCUUUAAGGCUCAUAACAUUUAUGAUGAGCAUAAGGUGGAAAUUGCAUCAAUGUAUCCGCGUGGAGAUGCAAUUGUGUGGCAUGAGUGUUAUAUGCAAGAUAAGGUGACUUUUCCAGACUGGAGGGACUACAUCUUUGACAUGGGUUUGAGGUUUGGGGAAAGUGAGUUGCAGGAUCCCAUUGUCUUGUGGAAGAACCUUAAUCAGACUGCUAGUGUUAGUGCUUACCAGAAGGAAUUUGAAAGGAUUAAAGCAAGGGUUACGUGUUUUGAGAGACAAUCUGUGGCUAUGUUUGUAGGUGGCUUAAAGGAGGAGAUCCAACAUGCAAAGGUUCGGGCUCCAUUGCCAUCCCUUAAAAGCUUACCCCCUUUAUUGCCCUUGCCUCAAGAUUCACAGAGGUUACCACUUCCAAAUUCCUUUAAAUUUCCAUCAAUCAACCCUAGUAACAACCCUCUAAUAUCUACUGUAGCUAAGAAUAGACCAAGGAAUAUUAGAAGCUUGUUUGAGGCUGAAGUAGAGGAUAAGAAGCAGAAAGGGUUAUGCCUUUGGUGUGAUGAGAGAUAUGGUCCAGGGCAUAGAUGUAGCAAGAAGAAACUCUGUAACCUGGAGAUAAUUUCUAUAGAUGAAGAUGCUGGAAGAAGUACCCAUAACUUCCUUAAUGCUAAGCUGGCCAAAGAGCUAGCAUGUGAGAUGGAGGGAGCAAAGUCUUAUCAAGUCACUUUGGUUGAUGGUAGCAAGAUAACAGGGGCUAAGAAGUGUGACAAGUUGGAAUGGGAAGUCCAAGGGCAUGUGUUUACUACUGAAGUGAUGUUGUUGCCAUUGAGGGAAUAUGACCUUAUCCUGGGAAUACAGUGGUUAGAACCUCUUGGCCAAUUCCUAUAAGACUUUAAACUUAGAACUUUGCACUUCAAGUAUAAAAGCCAAUUAGUUCA